GGCUCCGCUUGCAGUCAAUGGGGUUGACUCUUUGGAUACAGCCAUAAAUCUGCAUGAUACCUACAUGUGGAAAAUAAAAAAAAACUGCAGCAUUAAUGUACAAACCGCCAAGCUAUUAUGAAGAUUAUAAAUAUAGUUUAGCGAUGUCGUGAACCCCUUAUUAGAAACUAAUUUAAAUAACUUCAUGGUGACCAGCAGAUGGCACAAAUGCUGUAGUGCCUUUCGGGGGACAGAAGAGAAAAUAAACUGUUACAUUUUUUUUCUUCGGAAAUAAGGACCAGUCACCCGUGCCUGGUGAAGCAGCGUUCUCACGGCUGGAGACAGUCUGCGUUCCAGUGGCGGUCCAUGAAUAGCGGCCUCAGGACGCCGACAAAGACAAACGCCCAAAACUGCAGCAUCAACUUUGAUACUUCGGAACUGAGUUUUUAUCUUUUUUCAAGCCAACUUUAAUUGCAUGUAUUUGAAUUUGCUCUAAAGUGUUCGUUUUGCGUCGACUGAAUAAUACCCAGAGAAUCAAAAGACAUUCAUCAUCGGAACGUUCUGUCUAUAGAAAACAGUCAGUCAAGUGAAAACGAGUCAAGGCUUGGAAGAUGUUUUCCCUUUUUACAGUGGUGUUGCUUUUGGCCAUAAGUGCCUCGGAGCCCAGAAAUAUCGUUUGGAUAAACGGUGCACAAGGUGUACCACUGACUGUUCUGGAAGGGACACCGGGCGGUUCUUUAGGCGUUUCAUCCACUGGACCGGAUGGACCGACCUCCCAGAUAAAUUUAAUUCAGAACGCGAGUUUGGAAAAUGAUGAAGGAGACACGAGCCAUAAGAGAUUUCCGCGGGGCGCCAAGGGUGGGAGCACCAAAAAACGGGAUCAACAAUAUCCUUUUAGCUUCAGGUAUCCCCGGCCAUACGACCCUAAUGAUUACUUCACCACACCCAAAACUAUUCAGAUGUCCAACGCGACCUUCACUUUGGACGGCGAGAGCGGAGUGACCGGGGACGAUGGCGCGGGGAAUGGUAGCGCUACGGAAAGGGGAACGACGCGCAUCCACAACCCGCUGUACCCUCUGACGGAUAGCUCCUACAGCGCCUAUGCAGUGAUGUUCCUGUCGCUCAUCGUGUUCACUGUGGGCAUCAUCGGAAACCUCGCGGUCAUGUGUAUCGUGUGGCACAACUACUACAUGAAAAGCGCGUGGAACUGCAUCCUCGCCAGUCUGGCCUUCUGGGAUUUCUUGGUGCUCUUCUUCUGUCUGCCCGUGGUCAUCUUUAACGAGCUUACCAAUAAAAGAUUGCUGGGGGACUUUUCCUGCAGAAUUGUACCCUAUAUCGAGGUGACCUCGCUGGGGGUGAGCACCUUCAGUCUGUGUGCGCUGGGCAUAGACCGCUUCCACGCAGCCACCACUGUCCAGCCCAAGGCCCGGCUGGUGGAGCACUGUCAGUCCAUCCUGGCCAAGCUGGGCGUCAUCUGGAUCGGCUCCAUGGUCCUGGCGGUGCCGGAGUUACUGCUGUGGCAGCUGGGCCAGGACGUGUCGGCCUCGGCAGGGGUACUGGUGGACUCCUGCUCCAUGAAGCCCUCCCCCACCCUCCCGGAGUCUCUCUACUCCCUAAUCCUCACCUACCACGACGCACGCAUGUGGUGGUACUUCGGCUGCUACUUCUGCCUGCCCAUACUCUUCACCAUCGCCUGCCAGCUGGUGACGCGGCACAUCGCCAGCAGCAAGCCCGAAGGCCACGGCCAGGCCUCGCCCAAGAAGCAGCAGCAGCAGCAGCAGCAGCACGCCCAGAAGAGGGAGCACCAGCUCAACUGCACCGUGGUGGCACUGGCCGUGGUGUACGGCAUCUGCGCUCUGCCCGAGAACGUGUGCAACAUUGCCCUGGCCUAUGCCUCCGGCCCGGUGUCUGGUUCCACCGCCACCCUGCUGGGCCUCAUCAACCAGUUCUUCCUGUUCUUCAAGUCGUCGGUGACCCCCGUGCUGCUGCUGUGUCUGUGUAAGUCCCUGGGCCAGUCCUUCAUGGACUGCUGCUGCUGCUGCUGCGGGGAGUGCCUGCCCAAUGCUGCCACACCCUCCCCCGGCCUGGCCGGCGAGGCUAAGCUCAAGGCCGCCACCGACAUGUCCCCCACCAUCUUCUUCGACAAGGCCAAGGACAGCUCCUCCAUCCUCGCCAUGGGCCCGUCCUGCUGAAGAUCUGCCCCCCACCUGCCCACCUGCUCACCUGGCAGCAUCAGCGUUCCAGCAUACCUGAUUACCAUCCCCCACUAACCCCUCAGGAAGCCGAGCCAUGACUUACACGGACGUAGAAAUUAUCUCAGGCUGAAUAUGAGUUCUGACACCUGAGUCAAAUGGACCCCCCCCCCCCCCCCUUCCUAACUGCCUGUAUACCUUUAUAAUUCUACAAACACAUUCCUUCCCAGUAACACUGCACAGUCUUGGAUAGAGAAGAGCUGUGGUUUUAGAGGAAAUCAAUCCAGGCAAGAGAGCUCCUAGUGAUUACUCAGUUGAUAUUCUUCUUUUAUUCUCCCAUUUUUGAAGACUGUAUAUCUGUUAUGUCUUAACUGAAAUAUCAGCAGUCACUAACAUUCUCCAGAGGAUAGAUAAAAAUAAUGGCAACAGCUUGGAGAAAGGGUCCUGAUUCUUUAUAAUGUCACUGUUUGCUCAGCUAUAUUUCCCCUUUGAAUAAUCAUUGCAUCGGGGAGGUGUUAUCAUCCCUGUGCUAUAACAGUGCAGAUGUUCUGCGUUAUGGCCAGAUAUUCAGCUCCUGCAUUCCGCCUGUCCGACAUGCUUCUUCAUGUAAGAGGUUCCUGUUAGUAACAGAAAGGUUCUGCUGCUGUCCAUGUUGCUACACUAGCUAUGGAUGUUUUCUCUUAGACCAUACCCUUCAAGAAGAGCACUUAGAGCUUCGUCAAAAAACUUUAAUUGUGAAGCACUCAGACUUGAAUAUCUGGUCCGUGUAUGGAACAUCUGUGAUAACAGCUUCUACCUGUUGUGAUUGGAGCGUAGAAAAGGCCCUCGUGUCCUGUUCAUCUGUUCAUGUGUGAGGAGCGUACAAAUGAUGCUCAACAGACGUUGUCAUUCACUGUCGGUCAUAGUUUCUCUUCCUGAUGAGACCAUUUGUUCACCAUCUGUGUGUACUAUUAUCUGAGAAGGUUCACAUGCUUAUUUUACAAUGACCAACAGCAUGCACACAUAACAGCUGAGAAGCAAUUGACAUCCAAAUAGUACUAUACUACAGAUGUAUUGCUGAGCAAUAUAUGAUUGACCACUCUAUGUAUAAUCAGGGAUGUCCAAUUUCACAAAUCUGUCACUAUUUAAAAUCAUAAAUAUUGUUUAAACAUGCUUUAUUGUUUUCAACUCCAGUCUUGAUCAGAUCAAAUAAGUAAACCUUUGCAAGGGACCAGAAACAGAAUAUAUGAUAUAUUUUGCAACCAAAAUUGGCACUUAUUGUUCAUAAAAUGCUCAGCUCCAAAUUUGGCCAAAGUAAAAUUUUUCUUUUUGUACUUGCAUUUUCUUACACUUGUACACUGACAGUUUGAGAAACUGUUUCGUACAAAUAACAUUUGCCAUGUUGGAAAAUUGUUGGUAUUAAUAUGCACUGAUUUAGUGUCCAUAUCUGCCACAUUUGUUACUGUCAGUUGUUGGCCUUUCCUACAGAUGACUGGAGACACAUUGUAAAUCUGUUCAUUAUUGCUUUUGAUAUGGUUUGUGUCAUGUCCUCUAAUACAUUAAGCAGGUAUUCACACACAUUGUAAAAAUGGUUUUGGAGAGUGCUUCAUUUGUCACGUGUUGGAAAAAGAUGUGCUUAAUUGACUGUUUUUGUGAUGGAAAUGAUCACAUUUUUUCUCCACAGUGACAAGAGUUAUUGAUGUGGAGAAAUUCUGGCGUAUGAAGUGACCAGAGAUGUCUGGGAACUAGCUGUGAAACCUGACCGGAAUAAUGUUUCAUUAACGUCUAUGACCGUCAAGGGAAACUCCAGUCGCUUUGCAGAUAAGCUUCAGCUGGACAAACUUACCAGUCAUUGGACUGUUUUUGGAGGCCAACUGAAAGUUGCUUGAAAAACACCCAUAUUUUCAAGUUUUAAUUUUUAUAUUUUGCUUUCAAUUAGGUGCCAGAUGUAAGCCUUAGAAUAACUGAAUGUACUUUUAUUGUUAAUGUAGGAAGGGUGUGUCUAUCGCUUAAUCUAGGAAGGCUAUGUCCUGAUAAGGAAAGCAUACUAAGAAGGACGUUAAGAAAAAAGGGAUAGGACACUUAGCUGAUUUUGUGAAAAGAAAAAAAUCUGUAAAUAUGCUCUACAGAUUUUAACAUGCUAGAUGUAUUUUUCUGAGAAUAUAAAAAGAUAUUGCCCUCAAAAAAUGUACAAAAUACAAAUAGGACUCUGUUUGCUCUAGAGCUUACAAUAUUAUUCUACU